AUGUCUGAGAUGGCCACGGCCAUGCGUCAAAUGCAAGGAGGAAUGCACAUGGGCAAGCUGGUCCUCGUACCGCAUGAUGAGGAUAGAAUCAAGUUCAUCCGCCGCCCAUCGCCCGUCUCAUUGGAUAGCCCUGAUGAGACCUAUUUGAUUGUCGGCGGACUAGGUGGCAUUGGCCGUGCCAUUGCGCCGUGGAUGAUUGAAAGCGGUGCGAAGAACUUGGUGCUCGUCUCACGCCGUGCCACAUCCCAUCCUGAAGCCCCUCAGCUUGCCAAGAUGGCCGAGACGGCAGGAUGCCGGCUCCAGAUCCACGAUUGCGACGUUUCAAAUGAGACGAGUCUGCUCCAACUGAUCCGUGACUGCUCGGAGACAUUGCCCCCGUUCCGCGGAGUGAUCAACGGAGCCAUGGUACUCGACGACACUGUCCUGGAGCGCAUGACAUUCGAACAAUGGAGUAAUGCUGUCCGGCCGAAGAUCAACAGCAGCUGGAAUCUCCAUACACAUCUUCCUGACCUGGCGUUCUUUGUCAUGUUGUCAUCCGUGGCUGGUGUGGCCGGCCACAUGUCCCAGGCCAACUAUUCCGCUGGCAACGCCUUUGAGGAUGCCCUUGCUCGGUACCGAACGGCACGCGGUCUACCGGCCGUGACCAUCGACCUCGGUGCUGUCAAGUCGGUUGGGUACGUGGCAGAUAGAGAAGCCAGUGGUGACGACCGUCUGCGGGCACGAGUCGAGAAUGUCGGUUUUGGCUCUGUCGAUCUGGAUCAUGUAUUGCGGAUGGUUGGACAUGGAAUCAGUGAGUCUCUGCGCCAGUCGCCGUCGAAGAGCCAGGUCGUUGUUGGGCCCAACUUCCACACCCUCGUCACCGAGUCAUUCAUGAGCCAUGACAGACGCUUCGGUACGCUCCGCAUUGCCAGCCAGCGUGGAAUCGAGACAGCCACCACAUCCACCAGCAAGACCUCUACGGCCGCGCUCGCGCAAGCACUCUCGAAGGCCUCGACUCUCACCGAGGCCGUGGCACUGCUGGUCCAGGCGAUCUUGGCUAAGAUUGCAGAAAUUUUUAAUAUUCCCCUCUCGGAUAUUGACGCCGAGUUGCCGAUGUCGCGCUACGGCGUCGAUUCGCUCGUCGCUGUGGAACUACGCAACUGGCUGAGCAGCGGCGCAAAGGCUAAAGUCACUGUAUUUGACAUCCUCCAGAGCGCGUCGCUGAACGAGUUUGGUGCGUUGGUGGCGAGCAGGAGUGAGGAUUUGACGUCCAGGGAUCUGCCAGCAUAG